AGCCAGCUCCCGUAUGGGCACAUGCAUGGUACUAAGCUGUUGGUCAACAACUAGCCUAGAAGAUGUCGCUUCAAGCUGUAAUGGAUUGAAAUGGUUUUUACUAAACCCUUUUACAAAUCGCGAUGUUAUGGCAAACCUUAUCAGGCGUGCCGAAGUCAAUGGGUUUAAGGCAAUCGUGUUGACCGUCGACAUACCUGUUGUGGGCAAACGAUACGAUGGUUUCGGAGGCAUGUUUACCGCCUCCUAUUUCCCUAAUGUGAAAGAAGCAUUCAAAUGCGAAAAUUUGGAAAAUCUCACCCCCAAUAUUGCAAAUACAAUUCACAGCUCACUGGCAACAUGGGACGUCAUGAUUCCUUGGAUAAAGUCGGUGACGUCAUUGCCAGUGGUAUUAAAAGGUAUACUUGUCGUUGAUGAUGCGAAGUUAGCAGUGAAGUACGGUGCUGAUGGUAUCAUUGUUUCAAAUCAUGGUGGACGACAGUUCGACGGCGCUCCAGCGACGGUAGACACACAUUUUUGUAUUCUUAUCUUUCCAUAGCUUUCAUAAUCUUGUCCAAAAUUUAUUAAUUUUUUGACCAAUCACAUUGCUUAAUCUUGUCACAUAACGAGAAUUCAAACUUGGUGUAUCUGCUUCUUCUAAAUAUAUGUUUAUUUCGUCCUCCUUUAGCUUUAAGAAUCAAAUACCAAGUAAUCCUAUUUUAAUAAAUAAUAAAACGAACAGAUAAUUAUACCCAUGCCUCGGCGUGAAUAUGGGUGAGCGGCUUGUAUGAGAUAAACAUAUUGAUUUUAUCUGUUAUAAAGUUGGGGCAGGUAUUCGGGCAAUAAGACGAGUAAAGCCUUUUGUCCCAUUAACGAUAGGCCACUAAAAGCGCUAUACAUUGCCAUUGUGCAACCUUACUUUCAUUAGUGCCAUCCGCACUAUUGGAAAAGGAGCCUCAGCUACAGUGUUGCCGUACUUUGGAACAAUCGUCCUUUUGAGGCAAAAACCACUGCAUCGAUGAGCUUCUUUUUCUUGUUUAUUUAUUUAUUUACUUUGCCAUCAUACUUAUACAUUCAUUGGCCGGGAAACCACAACAGUUAUUGCCAAUUACAGCGAACCCCCAUUAGUUAUACAAAAACAGUUUACAAGGUAUACUAAACACACACAAUCAACAAUACUUGAACAACAGUCAUCACUCAUUCACACGCCCCUUAUGUAAACCAGGCAACAGUUGAUGAAAUAGAGUCUAUGCAUACUGUAUAUGUAUUUAUGUAUGUAAACGUUUGCAACCCAAACUGGUGGAAGCCAAAGAAGGCUUGAAAAGAAAGUGACGGAAUUUCUUACAAGUUUUUUUAAAUGCGUCUCUUAAUGGUUGAAGAUACAUAAAUAACAAUUUUCCUUAUUUUACACAAUUGUUGAAAACAGAACUUUCUCUCUUUAGAUAGAAGUCUUACCAGAAAUAGUGUCAGCCGUCGCCAACGACAUCGAGGUUUAUAUGGAUGGAGGUGUGAGAUCUGGUUCGGAUAUUUUCAAAGCUUUGGCUCUGGGAGCGCGUGCAGUGUUUGUAGGGAGGCCUAUCUUAUGGGGUUUGGCCUAUCAGGUAUGAAUACAGGUAACUAAUUUCGUUGACGAGGUUACUAUAAGGGAAUAUUAAUAUUCUUCACGGAAGCAAAAAUGUAUGAUUUGCUGUUAAAUUAUCAUCACUUAAAAACACGUCUGCUUAUUGAAUAAUAAUAGUUCAGUUUAACUUCUUCAAAAAAUGAUGUUCUGCUUAUGUUUUUGUCUUUGCUCUUUCGGCAUUACUUUUUAAUAAGUACUAAGAAUCUAUUCUCUAACCUGUAAACAAUCGCUGGAAGUAUUUUCAUUGUGUUUUUAUCCCUCUUAUAGCGAAUAAGCUGCUGUUUUCUCGUUCGGUAAUUUUUUAGCCCCAUCUUUUUUUUUUACUGGCAGGAUGUGAGCUAUUAUCCUGCCAGUAGAUAGCCAAUCAAAUUGCAGAAUAACUCGUAUCCGGUAGUUGUCUAUAUAAUAAAGCCGGUUUUCCACUUCAAGUGUACCGUACCGAAACGUAUCAAAAACGUUUCUAAAUUUCAAAAUUUCGUGAAUGUUGAUUGGUUAGUACUUCCGUAGUACGCCAAAAAGUUGACUUGUGACGAACUUUUCAUUUUGAUACGCGAACACACCCGGAAGUACGUGGAUUUAGAAACUUCUUUUCAAUCUGCGCAUGCUCACCAGUACGUUUCGGUACGAAACGGGCGAAGUGGAAAACCAGCUUAAUAGCUAUUUUGCAUGACGUACCAACAGGGACGUGGCGAAAAAUUUGUCGUGGGGGUUUAAGAGUCGAAAUUGCCUUAUUAAUUUUUAUCUAAUAUAAUAUAGCCUUGCGAAGUUUGCCGUUUUUCAGUCAUCUUGCAUUACAAAUGGGAAAUUGAUAAUCAGUUUGAUCAUCUGAUUAUCAAUUUCCCGUUUGUAAUACAAAAUGACUGAAAAACGGCAAACUUCGCAAGGCUAUACUAUCCGCAUUUUACAACAUUUCGCAACGAAACUUCGGAAUAUUACUAAUUUUGCGAUGCUUUUUCAAGCUGUGAUGAAAUUUUUGUCCAGACUUGUCUAGAUCAAAAUUUCACUUAAAAGGGGAAAGGUCUAUUGCAAAAUAGCCUGUUGGGAAAUCCGCUCACCAAUGAGUGAGAAACUCGAUUCAGUAUAGGUAAUAGCAUGGUUUCGAGUGCAAUUUGGAUAUAACAUGCACGAGUGAGUUUUUCAAAGACCUCGAAAUAGGACGAGUCCGAAGGACGAGUGCUAUUUGAGGUCUAUGAAAAACUCACGAGUGCAUGUUUAUCCAAAUUUCACGAGAAACCAUGCUAUUACUUAUUAAUAAUUUACAUAAAAAUGUUCGAGACAAUUGUAGUUUUAACUUACGCGUUUAUAGCUAACAUUCCACCGGCAAACUUUUCCUGGCUUUGUUAUAUCACAUUAUGCAACGCUAACAGCUUGAAAAUUCCACAACUAUGUAAUUUUUGUUAGUCUUGUUUAAGGUCAAUGCUUUUCCAUUUAAAAAUAAAGAUAAAAGCCAUAUUUUUCACGCGAAAGCAACUUUUACUUUACUGUAGCGCGGCGCCAUGUUUGUUUUGUUUCGGAAGCAAUCUGUUACCGUUACUUCUUUAAACUAAAUUGCUUUAAACUGAUUGGUUGAUUUAAUCAUCACAAUGUUUUUCCACCAAUCAGAUCAGUUUGUUACAGAUUUUUGCACUGUGAUUACAGAAAAUUGCACUGUUGUUUGGGAUUAACUGCACUGAAAUCAACCAAUCACAGUCGAGUAAUAUCUUUAUGUAUAUUAUUAUUAGCAUUACAGCCAUACAAAAGUGCUAUAAAAUAUAUAACCACGAUUGAAGGUAUGGUCAACAGGACAUGAUUCCCAUGUGAAGACCAACCUGACACAAAACAACAAAUAGACAUACAUUAAAAAGACAAGGACUGUCUGGAACACUAUUUACAUAACUAUAUAAAAAUGAAUAGGUUAGAUUAUCAGCAACAGCUUAAGUUGAAAGAACGACAUUUAGAACAGUGUAGGUUUUCAAAGUGCGCAUUCUGUUAACAUCGAAAGGAAAGUCUAAUUGAGAAGAGUAGUGAAUAUGGAGCUGGAGCUUAAAGGACGAAACAGACGAACUGUUACGAGAUUGUUCCAUAGAAAGAUAGACAAUGCGGUUAAAAAAAGAGUUUCAAAAAAAGAGAGGUUUUGCACGGAUUGAAGCAAGUUGUCCUUGCUUGAACAGGUGCGAGACGAGCGAUAGAAGUAACGGUACGUGACAAAAGAGGAGAUAUCUGGUUCGAACAGGCCUUGCUUACAUUUGAAAAAAAAAGAUGAGAUCCUUUAUUUCAAGCCAGUAUAAGAUAUAUGUAAUAAAUUAAUUAAGUUUCCUAAGACGCUAAUGUCUUUCAUUUCUGACAAUGGUAAACCUGCUUAUAAAUUUGAGUAAUUUCACUCAAAAUUUGAGUCACGGCAUGUGAGUGGAUUAUUUGACCACAAUAUUCAUGUAAUUCGCUUUUUGUGAGAUAUCUCUUUCUAGCGGCCACCAUUUUCUCGAGGUACGUUAUUUUCAGCAAUUUAUAGAGGGGUUCGAACGUUACUUUCGAUAAAACAGUGAAAUUUUGGUUGCUAAUAUGAGUAUAUUCUAUUCUUUUAAUAAGGUUGUCCAAGAUUAAAAGAUAUUCUCAAUGAAAUGGUUGUCCACGAAUCGUUGUAUCGGUCAAAGUUAUGAAUCUAUUUUUACAGAAAUUGAAGAAAAUUUUACAUUUCCGUCGACUCAAGCGUAAAAUGGGGCGUGAGACUUGACAGCGUCGAAGUAGUUUAUCGAAAGCCCCCAUUUUCAGAAGGCUGGAACAUUAAGGCGCUUGAUUAUUUGAUAAAAAUGGAAAAUAAUUUUUGUUAGGAGAAACUGAGCAAAAUAAAAUAUGGCUAUUUGCUU